CACAGUAUUGCGCCUCGGCCUGGUGCCGGAGCUCGGCCGCCCGAAUCCCAGGCCGGUGUUGGGACGUUCCCCCUCCCACUUCGGCCGCCUGUAUCCCUGCUCGGUGUUGGGACGUUCCCCCUCCCACUUCGGCCGCCUGUAUUCCUGCCCGGUGUUGGGACGUUCCCCCUGCCCCCCCACCUCCUUGCCAUGUCGGCGCUUCGCAGAGCAAGUUCGAGAAGGGCAGAGGAAAGGGGAGGCCGCAGUCCGCACGUUGACCAGGCCCGGCCCAGUAUCAAAAAGAACAAGUCCAAGCAAGCAACCUGGUGGAAGUGGUUAGCAGUUCUGAUAUUAGUUACUCUUUCUGUGUUUUGUAUGGUUGUGCUUUGGGAUUAUCUGGACGAGAAUGAUUCUAAAGAAGUGUUUGCUCGACAGACUGAUAUCUUAGAAGGAAAGUUUUUUGAAGUACCAUGUUCCAAAGAUUAUGAAAAUUACCAACAGUUUGCAGGCUGCACACCAACAAAAUGUGGCAGGGCAGUGAAAGACACAGUGGUAAAUCGAGAGGAGGCAGCAAAGAUGCUACGUAUAGCAAAGAGAGGGUUGUCUCUGGGUGGAUCGGAUGGUGGGGCCUCCAUUCUUGAUUUGCAUUCUGGAGCUCUGUCAAUGGGGAAACAGUUUGUCAAUAUCUAUAGGUACUUUGGCGAGCAAAUAAAAGAUUUAUUUGAUGAAGAAGACUUCGCAUUAUACAGUGAUGUGAGAUGGCGAAUUCAAAAAGCAAUAGCUGAUACAUUUGGGAUUGACUCAACUCGCUUGCACCUCACAAAGCCCACUUUUUUCUCAAAGAUGAACAAUACAGAAGCCAAAACAAUGCAUGAUGAAUAUUGGCAUCCACACAUCGAUAAGGUGACUUAUGGAUCUUUUGACUACACUUCAUUACUAUAUUUGUCUGACUACAAGAUUGAUUUUGGUGGUGGAAAAUUUGUAUUUGUUGAUGAACUUGCUAACAGAACAGUAGAGCCUCGAAUAGGUCGAGUUUCAUUCUUCACAUCUGGCUCGGAAAACCUCCAUUAUGUGGAAAAGGUGGUGUGGGGCACACGUUAUGCCAUCACUGUGUCCUUCACAUGUGAUCCAGCCCAUGCCAUCAACGAUCCUUCAUUACCAUGAACUGGUUGACAGACUGAAGAGCAGAGGACAAGCAUCUUAUCCCUGGAAAGUAGUUAAUGAAAACACAGUAGUAAAUCAGUUGUUCGUUUUAAAUAAAUUAAUUAUAUGAUGAUUGGUAGCUAAAAACCAAGGGGAAAAUGAGGUAUUGGUAAUUGGGUUCUGUUGCCUCAUCACUAUCAGUUUUUCAAGAGUAGUUAAUUUAAUGGUCUAUGAUUACUAAUGAAAUUAGUUAACAUACUGUUAAUGUCCUAUUUCAGUUAAGAACUCAUUUGACAUUGCAUAUGGACAUUCAAUUGAUCAAAUAUUCUCACUUUACACUUUAAUAAUUUUGGGAACCUUGCUGAUUGGGUAUUAAAAUUAUUAAUAGGCUGGCCAAAUAUUGAAAGUAUUAACUAGCUGAUGAAAUACUUAUUAAUUAGGUAAUAAGAUAUUCUCAGUAUUGAGGGACACAGAGGGAACUGGCUGAUCAAGUACAAAACUUCCUAAAAAAAAAGCAAAAAAAGAAACCUGCAGAUGCUGGAAAUCUGAAAUAAAAAUAUGAACGAUUAUCUUGACAUGGAUCAAGUAUUGAUGGAGCUGUUGUUAGUGUUGCAAUUUGGACUCCUUAUCUAGUUUGUAUAUUUUACCUUUUAUUGAAGCCUACAUGUAUUCGGUACAAAUCUUGUGCUUUCACAAAAUAAGAAAUAUUCAUAAUUUUUCAUAUUUGUUUACUAAAAUUAAAAUCAGGUCAGCAUUGUUUUAUUGAGGAGCUUUCAAGAUACUGUUUCUGGUGCAGAAACUUUCACAAUAACCUCUGGCAGUGUCUGUACUUGAAUAAAUUUGAUAAGAGAAUCUAUGUAAAUAAAUGAUGUGAGCUUUGGGGUUUAAAACAUGGUGUUGUAUCUAGCUUAUUCAAACCUUCAUCUUUAAGCAAUUCUCUCAAUUACUUGCUUUCUCAGUCAGUAAAACAACUAGUAAUAUGGAGACAUCUCAUUUCAUUCUAUUUAGUUAUUUAACUCUUACAAUACUUCAUGUUUGGAAUGAAUGUUUCAAUGGCAUUGACAUAACACUGUAUGUUGCACAAUGGG